AUGGAGGCCAUGGAUUGGGGGAGAGAGUUGCAAAGGGUCUCUUUCGUCAAUCGCACAUGUGUCUUCUUUGGUCAGCGUAGUUGCUGGCUGCAAUCACUCUGUAAACAAAAAUACAAACUUUUCUUCGCUUGGAUUUUUCCCUGGAAGGUUCUUCUCCAUGGCCUUAUUUAUCUGCUUCACUCUGCAUCAAAGCUGACUGUCUCUCAAGCUUCCAAGAACAUAUCCUUGGGCAGUUCACUGACUGCAGUUGAAAAUGGCUCCUUCUGGUCUUCACCAUCUGGUGAUUUUGCAUUUGGCUUCCGGAAAAUUGAGAAAGAUGGGUUCCUACUAGCCAUCUGGUUCAACAAAAUACCAGAAAAAACUAUUGUCUGGUCAGCCAAUGGACAAAAUCUUGCUCCAAAGGGUUCCAGAGUUGAGCUCACUUCAGAUGGUUCUUUCCAGCUCAUUGAUCCCAUUACUAAGGAAAUUUGGAGUGUUAGCACUAGAGUUGAAGUUUCUUAUGCUGCUAUGCUUGAUACUGGUAACUUUGCGUUGUUUACUGAAACAUCUGAAAAUUUGUGGCAAAGCUUUGACCAUCCCACCGACACAAUUUUACCAGGACAGGUUUUGCAUCAACCUGCUCAACUUGUUUCACACUUAUUGCCAAAUAAUCAUUCAAAGGGGAGAUUUCUGUUUGCACUACAAUAUGAUGGGGAUUUUGUGCUUUACGCAACUGAUUUCCCAACUGAUUCUGUAAAUUCUGCUUAUUGGAGUACCCGAGUUUUUGGCAGAGACAUCUCAGUGGGUAGUAACUCCAGUACAAGAAAUUUGCCUAUGGCCUGGUCAAUUCUAUCUGUGAUGCCUGCAAAUAUUUGUAACGGAAUUAAUGGACGAAUAGGAGGUGGAGCUUGUGGAUUCAACAGCUACUGCAACUUUAAUGGUACGAAUAAAAGUUGUCAUUGUCCAAUUGGUUAUAGCAUUAUUGAUCCAAAUGAUGUGAUGAAAGGAUGCAAACAAAACUUUGUUCUACAAAGUUGUGAUGAAACUUCUUCUGAAGCACACCUUUUUGAUUUCAUUGAGAUGCCUCAUAUCGAUUGGUCAAAUUGUGACUACGAAUACUUCAAACCAGUAAGUGAAGAUUGGUGUAGACAAGCUUGUUUAGAGGAUUGCCUUUGUGUGGCUGCUUCUUUCAACGAUGGGGCAUGUUCCAAGAAGAACCUACCUCUCUUUAAUGGAAGGUUUGAUUCAUCAUUCCCAGGGAAAUCUCUAGUCAAAAUAAGAAAAGAUAAUUCCUCUACUCUGGUUCGUGGAGAUAUUAAUCCAAAGAAUGGCAAAUCAAAGUUAUUUGUUAUUGGCUUGAUACUUUUAGGCAGUUCAGUAUUCUUGAUCUUGCUCCUGGUGGUGGCAGUUUGUGGGGUUUUAUAUUGGUUUUGCUGUACUAAUCAAAAGGUUCCCAAAACAAGUCGAUUUGUGUCAAACAUGACUCUUAGAAGUUUCACUUACGAAGAGUUAAUGGAAGGAACAAAUGGGUUCACAGAAGAAUUGGGCCGUGGUGCAUUUUCUACUGUUUACAAAGGUGUUUUGCCAGACAUUCCAGGAAACCUUGUUGCUGUUAAAAAACUCAAAAUGGUGAAUGAAAGUGAGAAGGAAUUUGAAGCAGAAGUCAGCGCAAUUGGUCAAACACAUCAUAGGAAUCUGAUGCAACUUUUGGGAUUUUGCAAUGAAGGUGAGCACAGGCUGCUUGUCUAUGAAUUCAUGAGUAAGGGAACUUUGGCAAGUUUUCUUUUUGAAGGCAAAAGGCCAAGCUGGUAUCAAAGGGUGCAAAUUGCAAUAGGAACAGCUAAAGGACUCUUGUACUUGCAUGAAGAGUGCAAAUCUCAGAUUAUACAUUGUGAUAUCAAACCUCAAAAUGUAUUGCUUGAUGACUCUUACACGGCUAAAAUUUCAGAUCUCGGUUUGGCAAAGCUUUUAAAGAUUGACCAGACUGUAACUACAACGGCAAUUAGGGGAACUAAAGGGUAUGUUGCGGCUGAGUGGUUCAAAAACAAGCCGAUUACCAUGAAGGUGGAUGUUUAUAGCUUUGGAGUUCUAUUAGUAGAACUCAUUUGUUGCAGAAAGAGCUUUGAUGUGAAUGUUGAAGAUGAGAAUAAGAUGGUGCUAAUAGAUUGGGCAUAUGAUUGCUUUCACCACAGGAGAUUGGACCUAUUAGUGGAAGAAGAUAAGGAAGCUCAAAUUGACAUCAGGAGUGUUGAAGAGUAUGUGAAAAUCGGUAUCUGGUGCGUUCAAGAGGAUCCAUCAGCAAGACCCUCGAUGAAGCAAGUUGUACAAAUGCUUGAAGGAUUCAUGGAUGUGCCAAAUCCUCCUAAUCUAGCAUCCUUUGCAAGUGAAUGUUAGGCCUUCCAGCAAAUAAAUAUCAUUUACUUUCUCUAUGUAUCUUUUAGGAGUCCAAGUUCAUCAAUGAUUUAUGCUCUUGGUGCUUGAUAAACUUGGGUAUGUGAGUGACUAUGCAUUGCCCUCUUUGUUAUGAGGAAGAUGAGAAUAAUUAUGAGAGUGUGAACUU